AUUAUGCGUGAUCUGUGGUGCAUUGUGUUUACCUGUCAUUGCUUGUCCUUUCUCUCUCGAAUUAUCUGCUGAUAGUGGUUAGUUAUGUUGUUAUACGAGGAAGCUUGAUGACAAAGAAUUUCUGACCACAUAAUUUUUAUUAUCGUUAACUCAGAGAUAUCAUGGAUAAUUGAUCAGAGGUAAACAAGAGUAGCCAUUUUUAAAAAACAGGCAGCAAGGACAUGUAACGUUUACCAUUAUAAACGAUCUUUGAUUAAAUUUACCCCUGAUAUUCUUCGCUUUCAUCGCAUGUUGAUUGAAUAAUAUAACAAGGAUGAAUUUUGGAACCGUGGAUUGGGAGGCUGAGCAUCGACGAGUUUUGCUGGAUGGCAACGCAGCGUUGGCACGAUCGUCACAGUCAGUCGCAAGAUCACAGGCCAUUGCAGCGGAGAAUGAGCAAAUUGGGACAGAAGUGGUAUCCGAGCUGGGUGAGCAGAGAGAUCGUCUUCUGCGAGCAAAGCACAGAUUGUCGCAGACGGACGAGGAGUUGAACAAAGCGCGGAAAAUUCUGCUUGUUAUGCGAGUCAAGGUUUUGACAAACAAAAUUGUCCUCGUUCUGAUCAUAUUAUUAGAACUGGUUAUUCUUGGUAUAAUAGUGUAUUUAAAAUUUUUUCAUAAAUGAAUUAUGUGCUCGUGCUUUAUUGGCAAGCUUGAUAAAGUUAAGGUGCAACAGUAUAUACAUAUAAUGUACAUUAUCAAUUUAGUGCAAAGAGCCACAAUAUCACUUUACACAAUUUUUUUCUGAUAUUUAAUAGAAUAAACCAUAAAAAAUGUGUUUAUGUAUAUACAUUUUUAAAAAUGCAUUGUUUUAACAAUAGAAUUUUUGCUUGUAAGAUACAUUUUUCUUUUUAGCCAUUGAUUUACUUAUGAUCUGUUACAUAACUUUUAUAUAUUGUUAAAUGUUUUCAAAAUAUACUAAUUGUAAUAUUA